GUAUCGUUCAGGUCUUGUCCCCCUCCAGCACCGAAUAACAUAUUUGCGUAGGAGGUAUUCACCAACUUACCUCACCUAUCGGGCUUCUUAAAGGCUAACACCCAAUUAAAUGCUAGUCAAGCUUACACCUAAGCCACUAUUAUAUACGCGUAUUCUAAAAUCAAGUGACAAUCUUGUCCAUGUCGCGGCCCGCGCUUUAUUCUUAUUCACGUAUAAUCGACCUCGUCCUCUUUUUAGACAACUCCUUAAAACAACUCCCUGCUUGGCUUCAUUCUAGCAGUAUAUUAUUUACCCGAUUCUACACUAACUAGUCCUGCCUCGUUUUGACUCUACAAUGAGCGCACAUCCAAGCCAUUCGCCUAUUCCAGGUGAUAAUCCUAAUUACUACGCCGAACUAAGCGGGAAUGAUCCUCAGUCAGUUCCAUCCCAGUCUGGUACGACUCAGCAAGGACAAUACAAUCCCCCUUCAGGUCCUCCGUUGUCCUCUAGCACCGACCCGACUUACUACCCACCACCACCGCCUGGCCCUCCUCCGGUUACUCAACAUCAUGAUCAUUAUCCGCCGCCUCCAGGUCCUCCACCUUCAAAUUUAGACCAACCGUACUACCCGCCUCCGCCACCUGGCCCCCCUCCGAACCAGGUCUAUACACCAUCACAGGAGAACCCAAGCUACCCUCCGCCGAGCUAUUCGGAAAUCGAAGCCGGACCCGAGGUUAUGGUGACUGAUGAAAAGCCACCAGUCUUUCCACCACGUCCCAUCUCAUCACAAGGAGGGCAAUCGGCGCCACAUUUCCCUCCCCCUCCUACCGAGGCUUCACUCCCUCACAUAGCUGCAAGUCUUCAUCCUGACCAGGAGCACCAGCAGCACCAGCAACAGCCGUCUACAACAAACACGGAUGCUCCCUCUUCUUCUACGUCAAAACCGGGCUUCGGGCGUAAGCUAUACGAAUGGGGUAUUAAGGUCGGUACCCCUAUUAACAAACUGACGAACAAGCUUGGUUCUGAAGGUUUCAUGCCCACAAGCGUGGACAAGGAAUGCGAUAAGGCGGCGCGUAUUCUCAAGAGUUUUUGCAAAGACGGCUUUUAUACCACCGCAUCCGCAUCAACCCAAGGUACCUCACCCUCAGGCCCAAGCGGCAAGUCCAAAGCACUAGUAAAGAUCCCGCAGUCUGUGAUCGCUAACGCGAAGGGGCUGGCGAUCUUUACCACCUUCCGGACCGGGUUUCACAUCUCAGGGGCAGGGGGUGCAGGGCUCGUCGUCGCCAGACUGCCGGACGGUAGCUGGUCACCGCCGGCCGGAUUUCUUGUGCAUACGAUAGGUGCGGGAAUUGUUGCUGGGCUUGAUAUAUACGAUUGUGUGUGUGUGCUCAACACGCCCGCUGCCGUUGAAGCUUUCACCAAACCGCGCUUCAGCUUGGGUGGCGAGGUCGCCGUCGCGGCGGGGCCCGUGGGCGCGGGGACAAGCGUCGAGGCCGCAGUGGGAAAGGGGGUUAAACCAGUGUGGAGCUAUAUGAAGUCGCGGGGCAUUUACGGCGGCGUGCAGGUUGACGGGACGGUGAUUUUACAGCGACCCGAUGCGAAUGCAGCCUUCUACGGAACAGACCAGAUCAGCGUGGAUAAGAUUCUUAAGGGUGAGGUCGGAGAUGGUAUUCAGAGUGGGAAGAACAAAAAUGAAGAUAUUGUGAUGUGGCCCGAGGGCGGAAGGCAACUAAUGGAGGUGUUGAAGGCAGCUGAGGGUAAGCGUGCUGAUGAGGGUAUCAUGAACAAGCUUGGUAACCAGCCUACCCCUGGGGAUCUCGCCCCUACACCUACACCUUCGCCGGGUCCCGAACAGCAGCAUUUCUCUCAGAAGACGGAUGCCGAUGCGGCAGAAAAGCUAAGAUUCGCCUAGGCUAUAUUUCGUGACUUCAAUGUACGUUCAGUUCCUUACGACAAAAUCUGGAAGGGAUAUAAUUAUAAGUUGCAGGUAGCUAGAUUAAGAGCCAAAUAGGUAUCAUAGUUAAUCGGGUACAAAUAUUAUUCACCUUAGGUACUUUAGGUACCUAAGGUAUCAUUGCUCUUAGUUAACCAGUGAACCCCUUUCUUUGACAUUUAGAGUGAGAAUCAACGCUUCUUAGUAGACGACAGCCAACUUCAAAUAUGGCCGACUCUUAAGCAUACAUCAAGAUACCCCUAAUGAACUAUAAACGCAAUACUUGUGCUCGCUGAAUAGCUUUCGCAAACCUCUUGAUUGCUUCAAUCAGCACCGCUUCUUCAUUCCAUGCCCAGCAUAGCCUAGUGCCUAGGUUGAAAGUUGACUGGGCCCUCUUGAGACUUUCGGGAUCU